AGGGAGGGAGGGGAGGCCAAGGGGGCCAUGGAGGACGGAGACCCCCCGCAGCCCCCCGCCUCUCCGCCGGAAGAUCCGCGCAUGCGCCGCCAGGUCCAGGGCCGGGUCCUGAUCCUGGCGAUCUGCGCAGCUGGCAUCGGGGGCUCCUUCCAGUAUGGCUACAACCUCACCAUCAUCAACGCUCCCACCCAGCCCAUCCAGGCCUUCAUCAAUCAGACGUGGCUGGAGCGGACAGGGGCCCCUCUGGCCGGCCCUGGGGUCACUCUGGCCUGGUCCCUGGCCGUCUCCCUCUUCCCUCUCGGGGGGCUGGCUGGAGCCCUGCUGGCCGGACCCUUGGCCCUCAGGCUGGGCAGAAAGAAAUCCCUGCUUCUGAACAACGCCUUCGUCCUCCUCUCGGCCGUGAUGGUGGUCAGCAGCCGGGCAGCCAAGGCCUUUGAGAUGAUCCUCCUUGGACGGUUCCUGGCCGGAGUCAACGCUGGGGUGGGGAUGAGCAUCCAGCCCAUGUAUUUGGGGGAGAGCGCCCCCAAGGACCUCCGGGGGUCCGUGGCCCUGACAUCCGCUUCCUUCACGGCCCUCGGCCUCGUUGCGGGGCAGGUGGUUGGACUCAAGGAGGUCCUGGGUGCGGAAGAGGCCUGGCCGCUCCUCCUCGCCAGCAACGCGCUGCCAGCGCUGAUACAGCUGCUUCUCCUGCCCUGGGCCCCUGAGAGCCCCCGAUUCCUCCUGAUCGACCGGGGAGACCCCGACUCCUGCCUCGCCGCUUUGCGUAGCCUUCGGGGGGGAGGUGACCUGGCGGCCGAGAUGAAGGAGCUGCUGGCCGAGGGGGCCGCUGUCCAAGGGAAGACCCCUCCGGCCCCUUGGGACCUCUUCUGUGACCGCAGCAUCCGCCGGCAGCUCCUCUCCAUCGUGGUCCUCAGCAGUGCCAUGCAGCUUUGCGGAAACGACUCGAUGUACUCCUACGCCUCCUACAUCUUCCGGGCAGCCGGCAUCCCUGAGGACAAGAUCCAGUACUGGAUCAUCGGCACCGGCACCUGCGAGCUCCUGACAGCUGUCACUUGCACGCUGGUCAUUGAGAGAUCCGGUCGGAGGGCACUGGUGGUCAGUGGAUACAGCCUCAUGGCUGUCUGGGCUGUCAUCUUCAUGGUUGCCCUCUCUCUGCAGGACCGCCUGCCCUGGGCCCCCUACCUGAGCAUGGCCUGUAUCUUUGCCUACAUCCUCAGCUUUGGCAUUGGACCAGCCGGUGUGACGGGCAUCAUCCCCACCGAGAUCUUCGACCAGGUCUCCCGGCCGGCCGCCUACGUCGUCUCCGGGUCGCUCCUCUGGACCAGCCUCUUCCUGGUGGGGACAGCUUUCCCUUUCAUUGUGGAGGGCCUGGGGCACUUCUGCUACCUCCCUUUCCUGGCGGUCUGCGUCUGCACUGCCCUCUACGUCGGCCUCUUCCUCCCAGAGACAAAAGGGAAAACGUUCCUGGAGAUCUCUGAGGAAUUCAGAAAGUGCAACUUCGGGGGGGGGCCGAAGUGUCCUCUGAGGAUCCCUGGAAGGCUCCAGCGGAGGAAGAGGAAGAGAAGGGGAAGAGAUCCACUGCCCUGUAGCCUGCCUCGUUUUCCCUCCUGAGAGGGAAGUUUUGCACUUUGACUUCUGUUUCCAGCAACUGAAACACACAAAGGACAAAGAGAGUGAAGCCAGGACCCUUCAAGAGCAGCCAAGAAAAUGGGGAGGCAGGCGGUCAGUCAAGACUUUGGGGGGGUACGGACGCCCUUGAUCUCGUUUCCCUUUCUGACGCUGGGAUGGAGAGGAUUGCCUCAGGCAAUGAGCUCAUGCAUUUUAAUAUAUAUAUAUACAGUAUAUAUUACAUGGGUUUCACAUUGUUGCACGAAUAGAAAUGCUAUCUCCAAAAUGAUUUGAUGAUGAUGAUGAUUCAAAGAGCAUUAGUUUUAUCAGAAGUAAAUCCCUGCAAAGCUCUCUUUUCCUUUCUCCCUCUUUCCUUUUCCCCUCGAUUCCUCUCUUCCUCUCCAGCCCAAAUCUACCUCUGCAUUUUAUUCUCCCUCUGAGAUCCUGGAAAUCAAGAUGCACUUUUAUCAGGUUUAUAAAGUAGCAAGAGGGUUGUUUUUCUAAAAUCCUGGUGCGAUUAGGUUUUUAUUAUUUAUCAAUAAUUGACAAGUAUUGAGCUGUUAGUAAGUCCAGGAGCCUUUGCAUGGCUAGAUGCCAAAUGAUGCCUGUCUAUGGUCAGCACUGCAAUAUGUGUGAAUGCAAUAGUUCUGACAAAGGCAAAUGCUCAGGGAAAGAAGAAAACGGAGCCAAUGUGUGCAAUGCACUAAUGGGAAUAAAAUGAUUAAAUCUCCA